CCUAAAGUUGGAAAAAAGUCAAAGUUCAUGCUGUUGAGUUGGAGGCUGCCUACAUGGAAUUUAAGGUGUUGCUCCUCCAACCUGAGUGUGGUCUCAUUGUGGCAGAACCCUGCUCUGCAUCGGGUUUCACCAAUGUAGAGGAGGCCAUAGAGGAGCUCAGUGUACAGUAGAAGAGCCCAACGGAUUCGCAGGUGAAGUUUUGCCUCACAUAGAAGGUCUGUUUAGGGCCCUGAAUGGAGGUGAAGGAGGGGGUGAAUGGGCAGGUGUAGCACUUAUGCUUGCAAGGGUAAGUGCCAGGAAGGAGAUUAAUGGGGAGGGACGGAUGGACAAGGGAAUCAUGGAGAAAGUAUAAUGAAUGACCUUCAGAAUGCAGUUAUUUCAGGUACAAGGUAAGUAUAUGCCCUCAUAUGAGAAAUAGAGGGCUAUGGGUAACCCUAGGUAAUAUCUAAGGUACAAACAUAUUCAGCACAGCAUUGUGGGCCGAAGGGCCUGUAUUGUGCUGUAUGUUUUCUAUGUUAAGAGAAUUAAAGCCAGAUCUCCCAGAGUGAUGAGAAGAUGGAGAGGAUGAUGAAGGAAUAAAAGGAUCUGCAAGGCACACAUCAGGUAAGUAACUCCAUUCGCAACUAGACUGAUAACCUGGAGAAGUGAAAAGGCUAAUAAGGUGAGCCCAGAUACAAGAAGGGAAUUAUAGUCAAUGCACAGAAGAAUCUGCAAGUCUUUUCUGGGCACUUCAGUUGAAAGCAAGAGAAGUAAAAACAGUUUAGGUCUUGAAGAAGGUGUUCUGUGCACAGAGCCAGAAGAUAUAUCUGGUUGUCCUUACCAGACAAGAAGAUGUGGUCAUAGUUGCAGUUAAGAGGAGGGGGAUGGAUGGGGUGAAAAUUGAUGAGGAAGAUUCAGAAAGGUUUGGUGUGCUUAAAGUAAAUUGGUUCCUGAGUUGCUGUGGGGCAUGUUUUUUGGAGAUGUGGAAGGGUUUGCCCUAAUAUUCUAAUCCUCUCCCAACAAAGGAGAGGUACCAUUGGACUACAAAAUAGAAAAUGGGCCAGUGGUUGGAUCCUUGACAUACAUUGAUGACUUGGACAUGAGUGUGGAUGGUAAAUUUUUCAAAUGUUUAGAUAUGUGAGGUGAACAGAGUUGGUUAGAGUGUUAGUCAUCUCUACCUCCUGAUUUUUUAAAUUUUAAGCAGCUUUUCUCCCAUCUUGCUUGGGACAGGCAAGAUGAAGGAAGAGAACACAAGGCUUGGGGAAGGAAUGGGGGAAAUUAUGUGGAAUCGUUCUAUAGUAUCUAGCCUAGAUUUAAUGGACCUAAUGGUCUCCAGUGGUUACAUAAUGAUCCUAUGCCUGUUAGAUGCUGGGUAGAAAAUAAAUGGGGGAAGAGAAGGUAGACAUAGCAGAAGAAAGAAGACAAAUCAAAUACAGGUGCCUAAGUUUAAUUUGAAUAGACAUUCACAUAUCCAAAGCAGCAAGAAUGCCAGGAAAUUCAUAGUUUGGUGAGUCUUAGAUGCCAAACUGGAGCUAGUUGUCCCACCCGUGGUUAAAGUUUGUUCCAAUGGAGUUGGACAUUAUAAACAUGGCCGAGUACAAAAGGAGUCUGAAGGUGAGUAUAAUAGAGUACACUCAGAUGUGACAUUUUAUUAUCGAAAACCUAUGGAGUAGUGAGCCAUCUGCAACUCCGUGCCAACCACAUUCAAUAAAGAUUAUCUGUGCCUUCAAAAUUCAAUGCUGGAUCCUUUUACUCGGUACACCGGGGACACCUCAGGAGUGAUCCAUUUUGUGAGCCUAUUGAAAAACUGUUAGCUUCUUUUCACUUGAAACAGCACCAUAGAUUGCGAGAUGCAGUGAUAGAUGUUCAAUACAUGACCUGAGCACAUAAUUAGCAGACUGGCCAUCUCUAAUGGAAACAGUCUGAAUUUCAUUAUCAUUGAUCCAUGACACAAGAAAUGGUGUCAUUUGAUUAGAGGUACGUGUUAGCAUCUGACCACUUCUGACAAAAUGCUGCUGAUGAGAACAAUGAUGGAUGGUUGUCUUCACUGUGGUCUAUGACAACAGAGGUUGGACACUUUCCACACAAUUAAAUUAUGCACUAAGGUAAAUGACUCCUCAGGCUUGGUCUGGCUCUUUUACAGCCUCUAGGUGAAAGUAUAUGUGUGAGGUCUAAAUUCAAGUUGCAAUCCAAGAGCAGGAUGCUACACUGUUUACGCUACAUUAGUUGGUCUAUUAUUAACCAACUACCAAUACCCAUUCAUCAUUGAUACCCACUCUGCCCUCUGUCGUCAAUGCCACUGAGUUCUUCCGGAUUUUUUGCAUUUGAGGUAGGGACUGACUCAAGCUUAUAAUGCCUCAAUAAUAAAAAUGUUAAUAAUAUACUCUAUUGUCUUAUUGUCAUCAGUCUGUAGGUAAUGAUCUGAAAUGAACGGAUCUUAUGUUGUAAGUGUCAGGAAAUGCAGAGGAAGCUUGACCCAAACACAGAGCAAUGGCCGAUGGAAAAUGGGGAUGGCAAUGAAGUUGACUGACUUGGAGAACCUACUCACUGUUAUGAUCACAGUGGCCCCAUCAUAAGGAGGACUGGAAUGCCUCAGAGUGCACGAUCACCAGCAUGUACAUGUGGUUGUCAGGUGCGUAGGGCCUGGUGGAUCUGGUUAGCAAAAUCCCAAAUGAUUGGGGUGAGGAUCUGGGAGGAUGGAAUAAGGGUCUAUCUCCAAUUCAUCUGAAUUGAACAGAGCAUUUGCCUUUGCAUUCUUGGAACCAGGUCGGUCGGAGAUGGUGAAGUUGAACUGCUGGAAGUAGAGGGCCCAGAGAGCCUGAUAUGGGUUGAGUUGGUGGGUCUGUUGAAUGGAUAUGAUGUUAUAGUGGACGGUCCAAAUUGGGAAGGUGUUUCCAACAGCCAAUGUCUCCAUUCCUACAAGACCCAUUAAAUGCGCUUCCACAUUCCAGCCACGAAAGUCUUGAACUCCACCGUGGAAGCCAGCACUGAGCGUCAGCACUUGAAGGAAGCAAAGUAUCUGAUCCACUGCCUCCUUUCCAAUUUCUGAUUGUUGAAAACCUGGCGCAUCUCAGCGGCCUGUUGCAAAUGGUGGUCUUACUGUCACAGUCAGCAACAGCCCAAGUCAGAGCUCGCCCAGUCAAAAAAGAUAUGCGGAAGGCAAUCUUGGCUCAGUCCAUAGAAUACAGAGAAGGUUGGAGCUUGAAAUGUAAGACAUACUGGGACAGAAACCCCAAGGCAUUUUACAGGUAUGUGAAGAGCAAGAGGGUACGACAUGAAAGAAUAGGAUCAAUCAAGUGUGACAGUGGAAAAGUGUGUAUGGAACCAGAGGAGACAGCAGAGUUACUUAAUGAACACUUUGCUUCAGUAUUCACUAUGGAAAAGGAUCUUGGCAAUUGUAGGGAUGACUUACAGCGGAUUGAAAAGCUUGAGCAUGUAGAUAUUAAGAGAGAGAAUUUGCUGAAGUUUUUGGAAAGCAUCAAGUUGGAUGAGUCGCUGGGACUAGAUGAAAUGUACCCCAGGCUACUGUGGGAGGUGAGGGAGGAGAUUGCUGAGCCUCUGACAAUGAUCUUUGCAUCAUCAAUGGGGACAGGAGAGGUUCCAGAGGAUUGGAGGGUUGCGGAUGUUGUUCCCUCAUUCAAGAAAGGGAGUAGAGAUAGCCCAGGACAUUAUAGACCAGUGAGUCUUACUUCAGUGGUUGGUAAGUUAAAGGAAAAGAUCCUGAGAGGCAGGAUUUAUGAACAUUUGGAGAGGCAUAAAAUGAUUAAGAAUAGUCAGCAUGGCUUUGUCAAAGGGAGAUCGUGCCCUGCGAGCCUGAUUGAAUUUUUUGAGGAUGUGGCUAAAAACAUUGAUGAAGGUAGAGCAGUAGAGGUAGUGCAUAUGAAUUUCAGCAAGGCAUUUGAUAAGAUACCCUAUGCAAGGCUUAUUGAGAAAGUAAGGAGGCAUGGGAUCCAAGGGGACCUUGCUUUGUGGAUCCAGAACUGGCUUGCUCACAGAAGGUGAAGAGUGGUUGUAGACGGGCCAUAUUCUGCAUGGAGGUCAGUGACCAGUGGUGUGGCUCAGGGAUCUGUUCUGGGACCCCUUCAUGAUUUUUAUAAAUAACCUGGAUGAGGAAGUGAAGGGAUGGGUUAGUAAAUUUUCUGAUGAAAUGAAGGUUGGGGGUGUUGUGGAUAGUAUGGAAGGCUAACAAAGGUUACAGCGAGACAUUGAUAGGAUGCAAAACUGGCCUGAGAAGUGGCAGAUGGAGUUCAAUCCAGAUAAAUGUGAGGUGGUUCAUUUUGGUAGGUCAAAUAUGACCUCCGAUAUAGUAUUAAUGGUAAGACUGUUGGCAGUGUGGAGGAUCAGAGGGAGCUUUGGGUCCGAGUCCAUAGGACACUCAAAGCUGCUGUGCAGGUUGACUCUGUGUUUAAGAAGGCAUACGGUGUGUUGGCCUUCAUCAACCGUAGGAUUGAGUUUAAGAGCUGAGAGGUAAUAUUGCAGCUAUAUAAGACCCUGGUUAGAACGCACUUGGAGUACUGUGCUCAGUUCUGGUCACCUCACUACGGGAAGGAUGUGGAAGCCAUAGAAAGGGUGCAGAGGAGAUUUGCAAGGAUGUUGCCUGGAUUGGGGAGCAUGCCUUACGAGAAUAGAUUGAGUGAACUCGGCCUUUUCUCCAUGGAGCGGCGGAGGAUGAAAGGUGACCCGAUAGGGGUGUAUAAGAUGAUGAAAGCCAUUGAUCAUGUGGAUCAUCAGAGGCUUUUUCCCAGGGCUGAAAUGGCUGGCACGAGAGGGCACAGUUUUAAGGUGCUUGGAAGCAGGUCUAGAGGAGAUGUCGGGGUUAAGUAUUUUAUGCAGAGAGUGGUGGGCACGUGAAAUGGGCUGCCGGCGGUAGUGGUGGAGGCAGAUGUGAUAGGGUCUUUUAAGAGACUCCUAGAUAGGUACAUGGAGCUUAAUAAAAUAGAGGGCUAUGGGUAACCCAAGGUAAUUUCUAAAAUAAGUAUAUGUUCAGCACAGUCAAAGGGCCUGUAUUGUGCUGUAGUUUUUCUGUGUUUCUAUAUUAGAAAAUUGCAGCAUUGGGUUGGGGAUCCAUUGAAGUGCUUUAACACUGAGAUCUGGGCUCGGAGGCAGGAUUUUUCACUCAUCCUCUCAGGAAAUGUACAGGAGGCAAAGCAGCAGAGAUGAUCAGGCGGUGAGUGAUAACUUUAAUAAUAAUUUUUAAAAUAACAAGCUUUGAGGGGCCACAAAAUAAGAGAGAACCAAAUCUUAACACAACAAGGUAACUGAAGGCUAAGAGCAAUUAAUUGAGGCUGGCUGGGUUGAAUGGGUGAACAAGGGCAGUGGGUGAGAUUUGGGUUUAAGUGGGCUUCACGUGAAGAGUUGGAAAUGAGUGACAGGUGACUCCUGUUAGCUGGAGAAUGGAAGGUGCCUGCCUGUGCAAGCCUGAGAGGAAGCACAUUAUCAUGUAUUUUUUGUGUAAGUCAUCAAAGUUCAAAGUACAUUUAUUAUCAAAACAUGUAUAAAUUACACGAUCUUGAGAUUCAUCUCCCUACAAGCAGCCCCAAAGCGAGAAUUCUGAAAGGACCCCAAAACAAAAGAGAAACACUCAAUGUGUGGAGAGAGAGAAAAAAAAACACAAAUCGUGCAAACAAUAAAAGUGAGAAACAGCAUUCAGAACAAAAUGAGUCCAUAGACAUGAAGCCCGGAACAGCCAGAGCAAGCCAGCAACCUCAGCCUCGGUUCAUCACAUGGUGAAACAAAUUGUCAUGGAGCUCGCAGACACGAAGCCCAGGGCAGGCCACAGCCUCGGUGCCAUGGAUAAUGCCCCAGAGCAGCAAGCAGAACCGGCCCGAGCCCUUGCCUCUGGUCCCAGCACACUGCCUUUUCAAUCCAUCUAGCCUGGGGUUUAAGUUGUCCCAACAUUGGUUCAUUCCCUGCACUAGGACCCAGGCCCUCCUGCAUCAAUCAGACCUCGCUCCUGGUUUAGGUGGACGGGCUCCGAAGCUCCUGCACUCCAGCUUUCCUCUGCUCUGUUUGCGCCAACUCUGUCUCCGACUUUGACUCUGACUUGAACUUAUCUCAAGUCACUCUGACCACUUCUCCUUGACUAUGCCUUGACCUUGCAUUGCAAUCCUUGACCCUCAAGUCAGCCUUGCCUUCACUUGUCUCUUCAUUGUUUGCAGUGAUUAUUUACCACAAUUUUCCACAGAACAAGUGUUAAUAAUAUUUAGUCGUAUAUCUUGCUUCAUGAAUCACCAGUAAGCUGUCACCCAUCCUCAGUAGUGCCAUCUUAAACAGGAAUGUAUCGGAUGCAUUGUUGUUGUGUCUGGAUAUAUUGGGAAAAGCACCAUGCAAAUCCAGACUAUAUGAAUAAUAUGGAGUACUUCAAAAUUCUAUAUUCCUUUCUAAUUAAACAGUAACUUCCACUGAGGAGGUAAAUUGUUUUAUCCCUGUAGCUCAGUUGUGCAACAAUUAUAUAUUAGCUUAGCUGUUUGUCUCUGAAGCAAAGUGAUUGUGUGGGAAUCCUAUCCCCUUCGCAUUUGUAGUAUCUCCCUACAAUAUAACCAUGACAAUGCUGUAAAUGUAAAAAGUAACUGUGAUGUGCUUUGGCAUAUCCUUUGAAAGACAACCGUGUGAAUGCUGUUUAAUUUUUUAAUAUACUCUGAAUCUUCUCUUGAUAUGCAAAAAAGAUUUUUGUAAUCAUAUUUCUACUUUUCUGUUUAUACAUUGUACCAAAUGUGGAAUGAUUUUGUUAGUUCUUUAAUCAGUCAUAGAGUACUUUUUUUUAUCAAUACAGUCUAAUACAUGUGAGAAUAUAUAUUAAUCAUCAGUGACAUUGCAUCUGUGCAUUAAGCCCAAAUGUAUCCUUGGCCUCAGAAAUCAAAGGGAAUUAGACUAGAAUGCACAAAUAUAGACAAUAUCCAUUUUAAAACCGAAUGCUAAGUCAUUUAUAUAUUGUUAUUGUUUCUUAUUUCUCUAUAGUAGAAAAUGCUGAAACCCUUCCUUGGAGAAGAGACAGUGUCAUAAUGGCUUUGCUAACAGUUGGUGUAAUGGUGCUGUGAAUGGUUUAUAAUAAUGACCUCCAUUAUAAUUAAAGGCAAAGGGACUUGAAGUUGAAACGUAAAUCACAAUCUGAUUUACGAUUUUAAUAUACUACAGUAAAAGCUAAUCUACCAUUGAAUUCAAUUCAGUCAAUAUCAUGUGCAGACUUGGGCUGCUGUGAGUAGAGAUGAAGAUUAUUAGAUAAGAAAGCAAAUAAAAUUCAGCAGCCUUUUCAAAAUCAUACUUCCUAUUCUGUUUUCUACCUCUGUAUUAACUCAUUUAGAUAACUGGUUAUAGAAACUCAGUGUGAUAUAAUUAUACCUUCUCACCACUGCAGCCCUUCUACUAGGGAGAGGGAGUAGCUUCAAUAUGAAAAGUUUGCAUAAGCUGCCUACACUUAAAUAAUUUGGACUGAAAUUCAUAAUAAAAAAUUUGAGGAUGUGUUUGCAGAUCCAUAUACGUCUUUACCAACAUAAUUGAUUCUAAUUGUUAAAUAUAAUUAUAUUAAAUGAUGUAGAUUAAUAAAAAUAUAAAAUGUCUUAAAAACCCCUCAGAACAACAUCAUUUAAGCUGAAAUGGUUGUCAGAAUAUUAGUUUUAAGAAAACAAUUUAUGUCAAAUAAGAUAACUAACCUCAGCACUAGAUUUUUUGUGCUUACAUGGUAUAAAAAAUUAUCUCACUGUGAGCCAAACCAUAUGACUUCUAAGUAGAUAUUCAGCUUCACAAAUCUAUGUGGCAAUUUAAUAAUUGCUUUAAACUUUUGUUCAAAGGCAAAUUCCUUAAGUAUGUUUCAUCUGCUCACCAUGCAUCAGUAAAGGGUAUAAGUGCCAUCUGUAUUCCAGUUGUCUCUUUCCUUAAGAGAAAAAUAAAUUCCUAAAGAUCAUGAGUGCAAGUGUUGUCAGAGAACUAUUUGAAAAGCCAGGAGACAGACCAUUGUUGAUUCUCAUCCAAUAUUCCUGUCUUGGCUGCUUCAAGACAAGUGAAACUGGAGCCAAUUAAACAGUUUGGCAUAGAGUAACAUGAACUAUUAACAAUCCAUAAGUGAGUGUAAAUUUCUGCCUGUGAUCAUUACUUAGAAUUGGGAGCAGAUAAUGCAAGAAAUGGUAUAAAUUAUAUUAAUUGUUUUAUAGUUAACAUAUCCAGAUGAAAUUUUCCUUCUAAAUAUUCAAUAAUAUUCUCAAUUAAACUUUUUUAUUGAGUUUUCAAAUAAUUACCGAAAUAAAAGAAAAUAUAUGAAAAAAAUAUGUAUAUAUACCCUACCCCCUCCUCUUAACCCCUCUCCCCUAACAUCCCUAUAUAAAAAAGAAAGAAAGAAAGAAAGGGAAAAAAAAGAAAGAAAGAAAGAAUGCCUGGAUAUUGGAAGAUCCCCACAUGCUCCAUUGAGUUCGUAAUAACUUUAGUAUAUAUAUAUUUAUUUAUUUCCCCAAAUAACCAAUUAUUUCAUCUUCGGAGCACCUAUAUAUUUAAUCCUGUCUUUUGUAAAUAAGGAUGCCAAAUUUUCAAAAAUGUUUCAUAUUUAUCUCUUAAAUUGUAAGUAAUUUCUUCGUGGAAUACAGCUAUAAAUUUCCUUCUUCCAACAAUCUAUACUUAAGUAUGUAUCCGAUUUCCAAGUAACUACAAUAGCCUUUUUGGCUACCGCCAAUGCAAUUUUUAUAAAUUCUUUCUGAUAUUUAUUCAAUUUGGGUUUUGGUUUUAUCCCUUCAAUAUCGCCUAGUAAAAAUAAUAUUGGAUUAUGUGGAAGUUGUGUUCCAAUAAUUUGUUCCAAUAAAACUCUUAAAUUUGUCCAAAAAGGUUGAAUUUUAGAACAAGACCAAGUAGAAUGUAAAA